GUCGGCAGAGUCCUGCAACUUCGAAGCCGACUUCAGGCCACCCGUCUCCGUUGCGACAGGGUCCGCGGGUCCAAAGCAGCGAAGGCGGUGUCGACAACGCCGCAUCAUCUCCUUCCUAACGCCUGCUGUAUCACCACGCAGAGGAUCAAAAACAGGAGGGAAAAAAUAAACCGAAAAUAGUAAUAAAAAUCCCCUCCAACAACGCCCUCUCUCAAUCCCUCUUCCCCUCUUCUCUCUUCCGUUUCUUCUCCUCUCCAAUAAUGGCGGCGGCGGCGGCAUCUUGUUCAACUCCUAUACCUAACGACGCCGAAACCCUCCGCAGGAAUCGGAUUCUCUCGAGCAAGCUCUACUUCGACGUCCCCCUCACCAAGGUUCCAAUGAUCUACUCAUCUUCUUACAACAUAGCGUUCCUCGGGAUCGAGAAGCUGCACCCAUUUGAUUCUGCAAAAUGGGGUCAUAUAUGCCAGUUUCUGAUCAAAGAAGGUGUUCUAGACAAAGCUCGCCUGGUGGAACCAUUGGAAGCUAGCAAGGAUGAUUUAUUGGUGGUGCAUCCGGAAUCGUACUUAAGAAGCCUUAAGAACAGUUUGACGGUUUCCAUUAUUGUUGAGGUCCCUCCGGUAGCACUUAUUCCGAAUUUUCUGGUGCAGCAGAAAGUUCUUUAUCCGUUCAGGAAACAGGUUGGGGGUUCCAUUUUGGCUGCCAAACUUGCAGUAGAAAGAGGAUGGGCCAUCAAUUUAGGUGGAGGCUUUCACCACUGUUCGGCUGAGAAAGGAGGUGGAUUUUGUGCAUAUGCCGACAUUUCUCUUUGUAUCCACUUUGCAUUUGUUCGUUUGAACAUUUCAAGAGUAAUGAUCAUUGAUCUAGAUGCACACCAAGGGAAUGGUCAUGAAACAGACUUUGCUAAUGAUGGAAGAGUUUAUAUUCUCGACAUGUAUAAUGCUGGAAUUUAUCCUUUUGAUUAUGAGGCAAAGCGGUACAUCGAUCAAAAAAUUGAGCUAGUGAGUGGGACCGUUACCAAGGAUUAUUUGGGGCAACUAGAUAAAGCGCUGGAGGUUGCAAAAACUAAAUUUAAUCCUGAGUUGGUUGUGUAUAAUGCCGGCACGGAUAUCUUAGACGGCGAUCCCUUGGGCAGAUUGAAGGUAAGCCCUGAAGGGGUGGCUAUAAGAGAUGAAAAGGUAUUUCAAUUUGCCAGGGAAAGGAAUAUCCCUCUUCUCAUGCUCACAUCAGGUGGUUACAUGAAGUCGAGUGCUCGAGUUAUAGCAGACUCAAUAAUCAACCUGUCAAAAAGAAACCUGAUAGAUUUGAAUGCUCCAAUAAGUAAAAAAUGAAGUAAUCAAUCCUUGAGCUAUAAUGUACAUAUAUAAAGGAAAUAAAGAAUAAAGUCAAGCUUGUUUUCACUGCAUGUGGAUAUGUUAUAAUACAUAUAUAAUACAUGCUUUUGGUAGAUUGUUCAUUUUCAAAAUUCUCUUUUGUUAUUGUACAUUUGAGUUUCUGAUGCAUAGACAAAAAUGGUUCGUCGUUAAACAUUACUCUUGUAUCAUAUGCAAGCUUGUUUUUAUGUGAUAUUGGAUGAUUGGAGAUUGCAAAGUAAAGCUA